AUGAAUGAUAAGAAACAAAAUAAUGAUAAUUUUGAUUCAAUUAAUGAUAAAAUACCUCCAAUAUCAACCAAUCAAUCAAGAAUAUCGUAUGAAAAUUUACAAUUAAAAAGAUUCAUAUGGAUUACAACUAGUGUUAUUCUUAUUUUAAUUCUAUUAUCAAUAAUUAUUUCAUUACCUAUUGUCAUGACAAAAAAGAAAAAUACAUCACACUCAACAACAAUAACAUCAACAACAGCAGCAAUAACAACAGAAGAAUUAUCGUUUACUUCUAUGUCAAAUCAUAAUUAUCGUAAAUGGAAUCUAAAUUUUUCUAUUGUUGCCGGAGGAAAUGGGUAUGGAAAUAACUUAAAUCAAGUUAAUUCACCUCAAGGAAUUUAUAUUGAUGAUGAUAAACAGACGAUUUACAUUGCUGAUUAUCAUAGUCAUCGAAUUGUUGGAUGGAAAUUCGGGGAAAAAAGUGGUGAAAUCGUUGCUGGUGGAAAUGGACAAGGAAAUAAAUUAAAUCAAUUGAAUAAUCCAUCAGAUGUAACGGUUGAUAAAAUAAAUGAUUUACUUAUUAUUUGUGAUAAAGGAAAUGAACGUGUAGUACAAUGGUCUCGUCAAAAACCAAUAAGUUCAAAAAUAAUUAUCGAAUUAAUUGAAUGUGUAGGUAUAACAAUCGAUAAUAAUGGAGAUAUUUAUGUUUCAGAACGAAAAAAACAUAGUGUUAAACGAUUCAAACAAGGAGAAACAAAGGAAACAAUUGUAGCAGGUGGAAAUGGUUUUGGAUAUAAUUUAAAUCAACUAAAUAAUCCUGCUUACAUUUUUGUUGACAAACAAUAUUCGAUUUAUGUAUCUGAAAAUAAAUAUGGUCGUGUAACAAAAUGGAUACAAAAUGCAAAAGAAGGAAUUAUUGUUACUAAGGAACAAAAUCCAGACAAUGGCCAAUCACAGUCGUCUGAUUCGUUCGGAAUGACUGUCGAUCAUUUUGGUAAUGUAUAUGUGUCAGAACAUGACACUUUUCGAAUAGUGUGCUGGUCAGUAGGGUCUAAAGAAAGUUACACUGUUAUGAAUGGAGGAAGUCCCGAACAACCACCAUAUCUAUUCAGUGGACCCGCAGCUAUAUCAUUCGAUCGAAAAGGAAAUCUAUAUGUCGUUGAUGUUUAUGCGCAUCAUAUAAUGAAGUUUGACGUUGAUGUUAACUGA